AUGCAAUUUGUUGAUGGCACUUUGCCACGACCCACACCUCCGUCUCCGGACGUCCAGCUUUGGGAUCGCUGUAACUUCAUGGUCCUCUCAUGGCUUCUCAACAUCCUUUCACGCACCAUUGCCGAUAGUGUGAUUUACGUGGAAUCCGCAGCUGCUAUGUGGAAAGAGCUCGAAGAACGGUUUUCUCGUAGCAAUGCCCCUCGAGCCUUUCAUCUCAAACGGGCCAUUGCUACCAUCCAUCAAGGGACCGACUCGCUUGCCGUUUACUACACUCGUCUCAAGGUACUCUGGGACGAACUCUCAUCUUACAUUUCAGUUCCAUCAUGUUCUUGCGGUGCACAAUCCCAACUUCAUUCCGCUGCCCAAACGGAGCGUGUAUAUCAUCUGCUCAUGGGAUUAUCAGAUAGCUACGCUGCUAUCCGCUCGCAAAUUCUCACCAUGGACCCGUUGCCUGACGUCCAUCGAGCUUAUUACCUUAUUCUCCAAGAAGAACAGCAGCGCGCCCUUACUUCUUCGCCAAAUUUGCCUGACGCUGCUGCUAUGGCUGCGAACCGAGUCACUCCUCGUAGUGAUACACCGCGUCAAUAG